AUGGUUUUGGAGGGAGCAUCCUCCCUAUCACUUCUUACGCUUGCGAUUGCACUAUCUCUUUGGGUUCUGGCAAAAGCAGUCUCCCCAAAGCAGUAUGAUCUUCGUGAGCCUCCUGUAGUCCCAUCUUCAGCCCCCUUCGUUGGCCAUGUUUUCGGAAUACUCAGAUAUGGGGCUGGCUAUUUCAGAUAUCUUGGUUCCCGCUUCUCCCAUCCAAUAUUCGCACUCCAGACAUUGACAUCCAAGACAUACGUGGUUGUUGAUCCAGGACUGGCAGCAAGCGUCCAGCGGGCCUCAAAAGCUCUCUCAUUCAACCCCAUCAUCCCCGAAGUCACCCAGCGUGUCUUGGGCUUAGACGACCAGACCAAGAAGAUUGUGGCGACGAAUAUCGACAGAGAUGGUUCAGUCCGUGGUUUCUACCCCGAUGUGCAGGAUACAAUUUACUCGACACUGACCCCGGGUGGUGCCCUUGAUGAUUUGAAUUUGCGCGCUUACACCGAGUUCUCGAACAUGCUGGACUCUGAUGCCGAAGAACUCAUGUCCGAGAAGCUGAAAUCCAGGGAAGUAGAUCUCAUGGCAUGGGUUCAACAUAUUGUCACCAUUGCCACCGCCAGGUUUCUCUACGGUCCGAAAAAUCCCAUCACGAUGCAUCCAAACCUAGAACAGGCAUUUUGGGACUUUGUGCAUGGCAUUCCACGCCUACUCCUCAAUACCCUUCCCGCAUAUACCGCCCGUACAGCUUACAAAGGCCGAGAGGCCCUUGCAGCGGCUUAUGUCGAAUAUCUCAUCCAUGGACACGACAAGCUUGGAUCCAACAUCACGCAAGAGCGCAUUGCUGUCGGGCGGAAACAUGGCUUCACCCUUCCCAAUCUCGCCCGCUCAGAAAUCUCAUUCCUUUUUGCCGGGAUCAUCAACACCACAUUCGCUUCGUUCUGGAUGAUCCUGCAUAUUUUCGCGCGCCCUCACCUCUUGCAGGAAAUUAGAGCAGAGCUUGAAACCAACGCAUUGCUGACAAGCCCUAAAGAAGUUGCAGAUAUACGACAGUUGCAGAUUAACAAAAUCAACAAAGCAUGCCCAUUACUUCUAGCAACGUUUCGCGAGACUUUACGUCUACACUCCGAUGUCUUGUCAUCGCGGGUGGUCACGACCGACACGCUCCUGCAAGACAAGUACUUCCUGCGCAAGGGCUCCGUGCUCCAAAUCUCGGGCGGUAUUAUGCACGCCGACGCAAGGAUCUGGGGCGACAAAGUCAACGAAUUUUGUCCGGAGCGGUUUUUCAACUCGUCAAAUGGUCAAAUUCCCUUGGCCGCAACGCAUAAAUCUAAUGGUUCGAACGACGACAAACCAAAACAAGUGCACCCAGCGGCGUUCCGUGCCUUCGGUGGAGGCGCCACUUUAUGUCCAGGAAGACACUUUGCGCAGGCCGAAAUCUUGGGUUUCGUAGCCAUGGUGUUGUUGAGGUUCGAUCUCGCGUCGGUGACGGAGGGGAAGGAUAUUCAGAUCCCAGGGAAAAAGGACGAUGUGCUGCCUAUACACAUCCUCGAGCCCAAGGAGAAGGCAUCGGUGAAAAUGAGCGAUCGGGCAGGCUGGGGUCACGUUCAGUGGGAGGUUGUACCAUAA